AUGGUUUUGAAGGUUUCUGAGCCAAACUUCUUAUCUGGUUGCGAUAUCAUUUACUUCUUCAGUACGUGCACUUUUGAACAAAAUUUUCGUCAAUUUUUACACCUUAUUUGUGUGUGCUGUGCCCUCAGUCCCUUGCGAUGCACCCCAUUAGCAGUCGCGUGUCGCCCUGAUGGUCGAGACGGGUUCUGGGAGGAGCAUUGGACGGGACAUCGAUGCGUUGGUGGGCGGUCUGCAAGAGUUCGUCGACACGCGGUCCGUAGAGGCGAUUUCCACGUUCAACGAGCGGACAGAGUCCAACGAGUUGUUGCGAGGGAGAUCACCAGUUCAGUACAAUUGAAGGACUCUGCGGAGUUGGAACGGGUCCAAAUGUUGAAGGAGCAGUACUCGCAACGGAUUGGUGAGCUGGAAUUGCAAUUGGACUCGAUGGAACGGCUAUGCGGUGAAAUGGAGGAAUUCCUAGAGGAGCUCAACUUGAAACGGCAGCAAAGGAAGCCCGCUGGUGGGACCUGA